CUGCUGCUGGCGCUGGCCACGGCUAAGCCUCUGGACACCAGCCACACUCACGACCCCGAGCGGCUCCUGCUAGUAGCACGACACGCGUGUCACGCCCUCGACCCUGCCCUGUACUCGCAGGACCUGUUCUCCGCACAUCUCACACAGUAUGCACCGUCUCAGCUCCGGACUCGGCCUUUCCGUCUUCUUAAUUACGAAGAGACUUGCGGCCCUCGCUGGUCGGAGGCGGUCCUGGUGGACUCGUUGCGGUCGGUGUCUGCGGGCGGGUCCGUGGUGAGCUCGGGCCGUGUCGGCGGCCGGGUCUGUGGUGGCGUGUCCCCGGCCCUGGUGUCUCUCUCCCGGCCUGUCCCCGCGUCCUGCUCCGAGGCCCCGGCUCGUGCCGCGGCCGUCUCUGUCCUGGCUCGCUCGCUGGGCUGGCGGCGCGUCUGUGUGCUCGUGACGGGAGUCCUCGAUGAAUGCUCGGCCGCUCUUCUUCGAGUCCAAGAGUCUCUCGUUUCGUCCGGGGUCCUCGUCAAACGCGCUCUGCCCCGACACCUCGAGGACUCUUUCUCGAUCCGUCCCCACGCUCUCAUUAUCUGUGGUUCAGCGAUGACGGCCGCCAUACUAUCAAGGAAUGUGAAUAAAAUUCAGAUACUCUUCUUAAAUGUAAUAGAUCCCGAGCUAGAGACCCCUUUGAAAGAUAAUGGGACGAAAACGGUCGACAAGCACUCCGCUAAUGUUACAGGCAAAGACAGGUCGAUGUAUCACAAGUUUAAUUUCGGCGAGCUUUCUAAAGACAGCCUUAAUGUUAUCAGAGAGAAGCCAAUACUGCUGCUCAGUGAUAGGCAGUUUGAACAUCAGCACCUGGCCAAGGAUAAUUAUGAUGAAAUAAUUAAGGCUCUCUUAAACUUCAUGGAGGCUGAAAUUACCAGAAUGGAAAAAUCCCAUCAUGUUUUUCAUUUAUAUAGUAGCAUAAUUAAGGACAACGAUUUGUUCUGGAAGCAAAGAGCAACACUUAAUAUUACAACCGAGAGAUUGUUAGACAACUACACGUCACACUCCACGCUCGUGAAUAUCGACGCCCUGAAAGACACAGAACUCGAGGAAUUUAAACUAGAGGGCACAUUCGACGAGACGGCCGACGCCAAGGUUUCCAGCGGGACCGACGCAGCCUUGCACAUGACCGUGUUCACGUUGUUCGUCUGCUGCAUCUUGAUCCUCAUCCUCGCCUUCGUCGUCACGUGCCUCAAGCGAGCGUUCGUCACUCGAAUGCCGAAACGUUCUCGGGUGGUUCCGAUUCUCUCCUCCGCCGACUUCCAGUUUCCUUCCGACGAGGGUCGCCGUGUGGGCGAGGGCAUGGAGACGAUGCUCACGUGGCUCCAACAGCUGCACGAGUUCGGGAGCUCGGAACCGGAGCAACCCGACUUACUGAAGCGGCCCGAACCCUUGGGUCAGUCCGCACCCUCCUCUACGUGCAGCAUCACCCGUUUACCACUCGACAACCGUACUAGAUAUAAGGGCGACCCGGUUCAUAUGAAAUAUCUACCUGCGGCGACGCUCGAGUUGCGUCGCAAAUCAAUAGACGUUUUACUCACGAUGCAGAGCCUUCGUCACGAAAAUAUAAACUCCUUCAUAGGAUGUUUGACGGACACAAGACCGGCCCUCGUGUUCGAGGCUUGCGGGAGAGGUUCUCUGGAAGACGUGCUCAUGGCCGACGACAUCCGCCUGGACUGGACGUUCCGCCUGUCGCUGCUGACGGACCUGGUGCGCGGGAUGCGCUACCUCCACUCGUCUCCGCUGCGUGUUCACGGUCGACUCACUUCACGGAACUGUGUCGUCGACUCCCGCUGGGUGUUGCGUGUCACGGAUUAUGGGAUUCCAUCGUUCACGAAGGCUCAGUCACUGCCGCACCCUCCGCGUACUGCCCGAGAGUUACUGUGGACGGCGCCGGAGCUUCUCCGUGAAGCCGGUUCAGGUAACGUCAUCUGCGGAACGCAGCCGGCCGAUGUGUUCUCAUUCGCUAUAAUCAUGCAGGAGGUUAUUGUCCGUGGAGAGCCUUACUGUAUGCUGCCUUUUACACCGGAAGAGAUCAUAGAGAAGUUGUCUCACCCCCCGCCUCUUAUAAGACCGUCCGUGUCGAUGAGCGCGGCGCCCCCGGAGGCGGUGAGCGUGGCGCGUCAGUGUUGGAGCGAGCAGCCUCACCUGCGACCUGACUUCAUACAACUCUACGAGCUGUUCAGACACAUGCAUCGAGGACGAAAAGUCAACAUCGUAGAUUCUAUGUUUGAAAUGUUAGAGAAAUAUAGCAAUAAUUUAGAGGAAUUGAUAAAGGAGAGAACCGAGCAACUGGACAUGGAGAAAAAGAAAACGGAGCAACUACUGAACAGGAUGCUGCCCAGAACAGUAGCCGAGCGGUUGAUUCUGGGCCUGAGAGUGGAGCCGGAAGAGUUCGAGGAGGUAUCGAUCUACUUCAGCGACAUCGUGGGCUUCACAUCUAUAGCGGCGCGCUCCACACCCGUCCAGGUCGUUGACCUGCUCAAUGACUUGUACACCACCUUCGACGCUGCUAUAGAAAUGUACCGAGUGUACAAGGUGGAAACGAUCGGUGACGCGUACAUGGUGGUGGGCGGUCUGCCGAUACGAUCCACCGACCACGCGGAGAGUGUGGCGACCAUGGCCUUACACUUGUUACACCUGGCGGGCCAGUUUCGUAUUCGACAUCUGCCCGCGUCUCCUCUACAUCUCCGCAUAGGGCUCCACACGGGCGCUUGCUGUGCGGGAGUGGUGGGACUCACUAUGCCUCGGUACUGUUUGUUUGGUGACACGGUCAACACGGCUUCCCGUAUGGAAUCUACGGGAGCGGCUUGGCGAAUCCAGAUCUCGUCGGCGACGGCAGAGAAGCUCGCAGCGGCCGGCGGCUACAGGCUUCGCUCCCGAGGACUCACGCAGAUAAAAGGCAAAGGCCUCAUGCACACCUUCUGGUUACUCGGAAAAGAAGGUUUUGAAAAGACUCUUCCGACGCCACCGCCGCUGAAAUCGGAAGAAGUUCUAUUCGAAGCAGAGAGCGAGAACGACUGUGACGCGACCGAGGAGCCGCCGAGCGAGGGGCGCAGCACCGGCCUCACACAGAACGUGGAGCGGCAACGGUCCGACCCGUCUCCUACAGUCGACAGAUUUUCUUGGCGGAGGUCUGGUGCGGUCUCCGCGGAGAGCAGCCCGCCAGGACCGACCUUGUUGCGAAAUAGAUACUUACGAUCAUCUGUGUCUACUGUAGCGGGACUGGUGGAUACACCGCGCCUGUCAGAUCGAUGGGGUACAUCAGGGUCGCGCGUCCUGCGGCGUCAGUGGUCCUUGGAGCGCGGGGACGAGCCUCGUUACCGCACCCGGCGCGACCUGUCCACCGCCGACUCGUCCGCUCGUUGA